GUCAGUGUGUCUGCGAUCACAUGUUCGUGAGGAAGAAUGGCUGAUAUAACAACUAAACAGACAGGCUUCAGAGUUCUGCUUCAGCGCAUUCUGACGUUUUUCGGUGUCCACAGUCUUUAUAGCGGUGUGUUGGGGAUCGUGGAUUCAACACUGAGGUCGCUGUGGAUUCCCAACUGGCUGCCGGCAUGGUGCCCCACCUCCGAGAGCCAGCUGAGGGCUGCCGAGGACCGGAUGCUGCGCUGUAUAGAAGGCCGGCUGUCCAAACAGUUUGUCGACGUCGGCAACGGCAACCAGUUGUGGACGCUAGCCGUGGACGGUAGCGUCGCCGCAGACGCCCCCGCCGCCUGCCAUCACAAGACCCCCGUGGUGCUUCUCCACGGCUUUGGCGGCGGCGUGGGGCUCUGGGCCCUCAACCUGGACGCCCUGUCCCGGAGGGGGCGGAGUGUCUACGCCCUGGACCUGCUGGGCUUCGGCCAGAGCAGCCGGCCCUGCUUCCCCGCGGACGCAGAGGCAGCGGAGGCCCUGUUUGUGGACGCCAUAGAGCGCUGGAGGGCCCAGCUGGGCCUGGAGGCCAUGAUCCUGCUGGGGCACAACCUUGGGGGAUACCUGGCCGCGUCCUACGCCCUCAGACACCCCAGAAGGGUGAAGCACAUAGUGCUGGUGGAGCCCUGGGGUUUCCCAGAGCGCCCGGCCAUGUCUGACCAGGACCGGCCCGUCCCAGUGUGGAUCAAGGCUCUGGGGGCCAUGCUCAGCCCCUUGAACCCUCUGGCGGGGCUGCGGAUGGUGGGACCCCUAGGUCUCACUCUAGUCCAGACCCUGCGGCCAGACUUCAAGAAGAAGUUUGCGUCCAUGUUUGUUGACAACACAGUCUCGGAGUACAUCUAUCACCUCAACGUCCAGGCACCAAGGUACAUCUCUCUUGCUUCUCCUCUCAUCUCUUCCUCUUUCGGCUUUCAAUCCCUAUCCUAACUCCAGAACUCAAACUUGGCCUCAUGUAACUCAGUAUCAACCGUCAACAACAAUGAAAUAUUCCUGGUGAAAUUGAUGGAUGGCACUGGGUUCUUCGGUGGCCAGUACACAAUCCACCUUGUUCGUUUAAAGCUGCUGUAGGUAAGAGUUUCAAAGAGAGGGAGGGCCGUAAAUUACAACGCCAGUGUGUGCGUGUGUGAUUGACAGGCAAGAUGGAUUCCUCCACCCAUUGAGGGAAGAGAAUCUCGACUGUCUAUAAUUAUAUCUGAAGGAUGGCUAUGGCAUUUCAAACAAAUGACACUCUUAAAUCUUACCUACAGCGUCUUUCUAUCCAAGCCCACCAACCCCUUU